UCCCUAUACUCUGAGCCAAGCUGCCUUAGGGAAUAACUGGGCCAGCCUGGCAUAUGAUUCCAUCAACAUAUCCCUGGAUCCCAUUCCAAAACAUUCAUAGUGACCGAGAAGCAGCGAUGACUGAAAUACUGGAGGAGCGGCCUUUCGGCUCGCGGUAUACCAAUGUCUAUCUCUCGAUUUUUGUCCUUUUUUGCUUCAAACUAUUUGUCAAGAUAAUUUUAAACAUUCUGACCCACUUCUACGCGGUUAAAGGAAACCGUAAGGAGGCAGCCCGGAUCGCAGCUGAGUUCUAUGAUUUUGGCCAAGGGCAUAGUUCAUGGGCAGAUCGUUCUCCACUCCAUGAAGCUGCAUGUCAGGGUCGGCUACUGGCCCUUAAGACCCUUCUCUCACAGGGUUACAAUGCAAAUAUCAUCACCAUUGAUCACGUGACUCCACUUCAUGAAGCUUGUCUAGGAGAUCAUGUAGCCUGCGCCAGGGCUCUCAUUGAGGCUGGUGCCAAUGUAAAUGCCACGACCAUUGAUGGUGUGAUCCCGCUGUUUAACGCCUGCUCGGCAGGUAGUGUCACCUGCACAGAGGUGCUGUUAGAACAUGGAGCAAAACCACAGGCAGAAGCGUGUCAGCCUUCACCCAUUCAUGAGGCCUCCAGCAAAGGCAAGGCAGCAUGUGUAGAGGCUCUCAUUGCAUGGGGAGCAGAUGUAGAUUAUGAUAUCCCUCAUCUAGGAACACCGCUUUACAUUGCCUGUGUGUCCCAGGAACUCCAGUGUACACAGAAACUUCUGGAUGGAGGAGCCAAUGUGCAGAAGGGCCGUUUCUUGGACACGCCCCUGCAUGCUGCAGCACAGAAGGAUUGUCCAGAAAUCAUCAGAGUUCUGCUAGAAUUCGGCGCUAAUAUUAACACUCGCAACCUGGAACUACAGAAGCCAGUGGAGACCGCGCCACCGAGCAGUACAGCAGAAGGCAUGCUCCUGCUUUAUGAGGCCACACCAAGGUCUUUAUGUCAGCUGUGUAGACUGAGUAUCCGAAACUACAUGGGCCGAUCCAGACUACAGCUGAUCCCUCACCUCAAACUGCCUACACUUCUCAAGAGUUUUCUGCAGUACAGAUAGACUCUUUAUUCUCUCUGUUUAAGUGCAUUAAUAUAAGAAAUGUACCCACACUUGUUUGAGACUACCAUCGCACAAAAAAACACUAUCAUGCUGGCCAUUCUUUUCACUUCUGAUAAGUUCAAAUGUUUGUGUGUGUUUUUUUUUUUAAAUAAAAUAUAUUUAAUGCAACUAAUGAACAUCACUUAUGUUUUGGUAAAUACUAUCUAAAUGUGUCAUUUGUAACCUGUGCAUUUUGAUCAAUGUUAGCGGCAUGGCUUCUUUGAUACAAAUGUAUCAUCUUGGAAUGAAAUUAUCGUUAUGCCUUGAUAUGGACUGUAUGGUCAACAUUACAAAUUCUCAUUUUAUUAAUCUAAUAAAAAUAAUAAAAUCUAACAAAAUGGAAAUCAAUUCCAGUAGUAUUCACAAAAUCUGAUGCUAUCAUGGUUUUCACAGUUAUCUCUUAACAUUGCACACUUCAAAAGUGAUGUGUAUAAAACUUUUAAUGGUACACUACUGGUAAGAUUCAAUCUAAUACUUUUUGCAUUGCAUUUGCCAAUACAAAUAAACAAAAUAAGUGAA